AUGAAUGCGUUCUGUGUGACCCCCUCAGACGAUCUUGGCUGUCGAUCUUUGGGGUUGCCGGGUCCCGUUCGGGCAUACAACGGCCAGAGUCCACUUUACGACAGAUAUAGGAAGGUGAAGCUCGUUGAUCCUGUUGGUGGAGUCCAUAGACGAUAA